AUGUCGCGAGAGGUGCCCAACAACUCGCUCGGGCCUCAGGGCAUGGGAAUGCAGCAGCACAAUUGGCAGAGCGAGGUGUCGCCGGACGAGAGGAAGAAUCUGAUUAUUAUUCUCGUCAAAGCUAUCAAAGCUCUCGGACCCACUUAUGCCCAGGAACGGAUUGUUCCUCUGGCUCGACAGUAUGAAAAUCUCAUUUUCAUGAAUUCCAUCAGCAAGUCUGACUACAUGAACCAAUGCAAAAACAAAGUCAAAGAAAUCUCCGACACGGUCAUGCAGCACCGUGGCCGGCAAAUGGCCCAAGGCCAACAAUCCCACCAACAAAACCCCCAGAUGAUGAACUUUGACCCACAGCAAAUGCUCAAGACCCAGCAGCAGACGCAGCCCCCACAGCAGGCGCCCCAACAACAGUCGCAGUCGCAGCAACAACAUCAGAAGAAGGACGACUUCCAGUGGGGCGACGGCGGCAGCUUCCAGAACUUCUUCUUCUCGGACAGCGGCCAGGGCCAGCAGCAGAAUGCUCCGCAACAGCAGCAGGGCGGCAACAUGGGCGGCAACAUGAACGGGCUCAAUCUCGGUGGCAUGAACAUGAACAUGAAUAUGGGCCAGCAAAACCAGCAGCAGCAGCAGCAGCAAACGCCCCAGCAGCAGCAAAACACGCCCCAGCAGCCCAAUCAGAUGAUGAACAUGAACAUGACCAUGGGCAUGAUGCCCCAGGGCCAGAAUCAGAACCAGGGCCAGGGUCAGGGCCAAGGUCAGGGCCAGAGUCAGGGACAAAACCAGGGCCAGGGCCAGAACCAGGGCCAGAACCAGGGCCAGAACCAGGGCCAAAGCCAGAGUCAAAACCAACAACAGAACCAGAACCAAUCACAAGGCCAAGGCCAAGGCCAACAAACCCAAGGGCAGCCACCAACACAAGCGCUCAUCAACUUUCUACAGGCCCAGGGCAUUGCGCCCACGCCCCAGACGGUCCAGAUGUUCCAGUCGAUGCCCCGCGAGCAACAGCAGCAGUACAUUGCGAUGCACCGCAAGCAGCGGGCGGCCCAGCAACAGAAGCAACAGGCCGCCGCUCAACAGCAGCGCAUGAUGCAGGGUCAGGCAACUCAGGGAAUGGGAGCACAGGGAAUGGGAGCGCAGGGAGGAAUGGGAGCGCAGCCGCAGGGGCAGCAGGGACAGCCCCAGGGCCAGAAUCAGAACCAGGGCCAAGGACAGCAGGGUCAGCAGGGUCAACAAGGUCAACAAGGCCAGCAAGGCCAACAACAAGGCCAGCCAGGUCAACCCGGACAAGGAAACAUGCGAAUGUCUGCUGCUCAGAUCCAGGCCGCUGCCCAGAUCCAGGCCGCAACCCAGGCGGGCCAGGCAGCAGCGAUGCGGAUCGACGUGCGAAACCUGCCCAUUCCGCAGCAGAUUCUUGACGAGAUCCCCGUGGUGCCCAAGGGUGUCAACACGUGGGCGCAGAUCCACGAGCUGCUCAAGAAUGAAACGAUUCCCAAGUCUGCCAUGUCCGCCAUCAAGAGCGCGCACCAGACGCACACCCGGUGGGUUCAGAUGCGGAUGCGACAGCGACAGGCCCAGCAGCAGCAGGCUGCGCAGCAGGGAGGAAUGGGAGGCAUGUCCCAGAGUCAGCAAGGCGGAGUGCCUCAGGGCCAGCAGGUUGGUCAGCCACAGGGAGGUCAAGGAGGUAUGUCUGGUGGACACAUGCAGAUGAAGCCCCAGGGCCAGGCACAGGGCGUUCAGCAGCAACGGAUGAUGCAGCAACAGAACCAGGGCCAAGGCCAGGGCCAGCAGCAGCAGCAGCAGCAGCAACCCCAAGCUCACCGCCAGGCUCAGCAUAUUGAUCUGACCGGUGGCACCGGGGGUUUUGUGUCACCGCAGAUCAAGACCACGCCCAAUAUGGCAUCUCAGCAGCUGCAAAGUCAGCAACAGCCCCACGUCAAGACGACGCCGCAGCUCCAGCAGCCCGCCAUCUCCCCCAUGAUGGCCACAGCUCCCCCCGGAGGAGCAGCCACGGCGGCAGGAGUCGCGGCAGCACAGGCGGCGACCAAGAACCCCACCGCCGCCAAUCCCGCAGCAGCGACAGCAGGUCGCCCGGCUGACGGCACAAUUCCGACCAUGCCGGGCACUCUACCAAUCAGGGAGGCCGACCGGCAGCGACUGCAGCAGAUUUAUGAGGAGGCAUCGCGGAUCCCGGUGCAGCUGCACAACUUCAACGACCAGCUGUCGCCCGAGCAGAAACGGCACAUUCAGGAACACAUCCAAACGGUGCACACCAUGUACCAACGGAUCGACCAGCUAGCGCCCAUGUUCUUUUUUCUGUCCAAGAACCCCACCGCGACCCAGCGGCUCAUCCAGCUCAAAUGCAUGUUCAAGGAGCAGCUCGAGGGUCUGCGCCAGGGCAACUAUCUCACCACGCCGCAGAUUUUGGAAAAGACAAAGUACGAAAUCAACCGGUACUUCACGUUUGUGCGAGACAACCUGCAGCAGCGGCGACCGGGAGGUCAGGGUCAGGGUGCACAGCAGCCGGGACAGCCGGGCCAGCAACCCGGUAUUCAGCCUGGUGUUCAGUCUGGGCAGCAGGUUCCUCAACAGCUUGGUCAGCAGCCUGGUGUUCAGGGUCAGCCUGGACAAGGUCCUCAAGGCCAACCUCAGCCCACAGGAAUGCCUCCUCAGGCUGGCAUGAACAUGAACAUGCAGAACAUGAUGAUGCAGAAGCAGCAACAGCAGCAGCAACAGCAAGGAGGCCCCCAGAUGAUGGGCAUGAUGCCUGGUCAACAGGGCCAGCAGGGACCAGGACCACAGGGCCAGAUGAACCCCAUGAUGCAGCGAAAGAUGCAGCAGCAGCAACAACAACAGCAGCAGCAGCAACAGGGAAAUAUGCCCGACCAAGCAGGCCAGAUUCCCCAGCAGGGCGGAGUUCCCCAGGGACAAAUGCCUCCUCAGCAGACUCAGAUGCCCCAGGGAGGUCUUCCUCAGGGAGGUAUGCCCCAGGUGCCUCCCGGUCAGCAGCCGAAUGCACAGCAACAGCAGUUUUUCAUGCAACAGCAGCAGUUCCGGCCUGGCCAACAAGGCCCCGGAGGUCCUCAGCAGGGCCCUGGCCCCCAGCAGGGUCCUCAGCAGGGUCCUCAGCAGGGUCCAGGCCCCCAGCAAGGUCCCCAACAGGGUCCUGCACCUCAACAGGGUCCUGGAGGCCCCCCUCAGCCUGGACAGCCCGGAAACUUCAUGUUCAACCAAAUGUACAUGCAGGGAGGGGCCCCUGGCAUGUCUCAGGGCGGUCCUCCAGGUGCUAUGCCACAGGUAGGUCCCGGUGCGAUGCCACAGACUGUUCCUGGCACCAACCUCCCUCCCGGCGCUGCUCUUCCUCUCGGAGCUUUCCCUCCCGGAGUCACUUCGACUCCUCCGCUGUCAUCCACGCAGCCCGUCGCCAAGGUCUCGCCCAAGGAUAAGCGAGGUGGUGCCAAGCCCGCGGCACGGGGCAAGAAGGUGUCUGCCAACAGCACACCGAUUCCGGCGGCGGCAACCACCCCUUCAGGUGGGCCCGGCAAGGCGUCGCCUUCGGGCGUGCCGACCUACUCGGCCACCGGCCCCAAUCUGGCACCCGACCAGCUCAAGAUGCCCGCCACGCGCAAGCGCAAGUCCUCGGCCGGGCUUGACGACAAGCGCAGCCCCAUGCCGCCGGCGAAGAAGGAAAAGCUGGAGGAGGCCAAGGUGCGGGAGACGUCGGAGAUUGCCGCCAAGAAGGAGCAGCUGCAGCGCGAGAACCCGCUCGGCUUUUUCAUCUCUUCGCUGGGCGAGGCGCUGGACGUGCCUGCCGAGGAGAUUGCGGCGUUUGGCGGCGUCUCCUUCAAGGUGGGCGGAAAGAACCCGUCGGCGCUGGUGGCGGGCAAUCCUGGCGUGGUGGCCGCCGCCGCCAAUGGUGUGAAUGGAACGCCAGGUCCUGCUGCCGGUCCCGCCGUCGCUGCCGCCACCGCUGCCGCUGCGGGCUUCACUCCUGGCACGGCAGCAGCCGCCGGAGCCGGAGCGGGCUCUGGUCUUGGUCUGACCCCGUCGUCUCUGCUUAAAACGCCCAUGCCGUUCGACAAGGGCACAGCAGCCAGCACCGGCGACUUGGCGGGUUCCACUGGCGGUGCUUCUUCUUCGUCCUCCAUCGAGACGGCCGUGGCCGCGGUUCCAUGGACGGGUCUGGUGUCUGCUGCGAGCCUCAAGUCCGCAUUCCAAGCGCUGGAGUGUUUCAAGGUGUCUGAGGUGCAGUUCCUGACGCCGCCCGAGGAGCACAACAAGCUGCCCAAGAGCAAGGAGGUCAAGACAGAGAACCCCAAGGACGACAAGGUGCCUGUUCCUAAGCUCAAUGGCGCGCAACUCUUUUCCUCCGGCGACAACAUGUGGGAUUUCGACUCCAUUGCCAACGGGGUCAGUCAGGAGGAUCUGGACAAGGAGUUCUGGACCUUUGAAAUGUAG